AUGGCUGCUCGUUUUGGGCUUCAGUUGGCUAGGCAACAUGGUUUUGAAACAAUUGAAAUGGAGGGGGAUGCAUAUAAUUUGUCGAAGGCUGUGGUACUGAAACAGGGGGGUCGAUCCACUAUGGACCUUAUUGUGGAAGAUAUUUGGCUUACGGGGGAAAGUCUAGAGUUUUUCUCUUUUUCUCAUGUGAAACGGGGAGGCAAUACUGUUGCUCAUUUUAUUGCUCGUUUGUACCCUUCUAAUGGGGUGGAACAAAUUUUUGUAAGCAAUUUUCCGCAAGGUGCUUUAGCCUUGACGGUUUUGGAUGUGUCUUCAUCAUCAUCAUCUCUUGCUCCUGCUUUGUUUGUGUUUGGAGAUUCAUUAUUUGAUAAUGGAAAUAACAAUUGGUUACCAACAUUGGCCAAAGCAAAUUACCCUCCUUAUGGUCAUAAUUUCUCAGAAGGUCCCACUGGAAGAUUUACAAAUGGCAAAAUAGUUCCUGAUUUUAUAGCUGAUUAUCUUGGGCUGCCGUAUCCACCACCAUAUAUUCAGCCAAUCCGACCAAAGACAAUUAAGGGGUAUAAUUACGCAUCCGCAGCUUGUGGCAUUUUACGCAAAACUGGAAGUGAAGCUAGCAUCGAGGUUGAUGCUGGGUUAAACAUCUUUUUUAUUUUUUUGAGUGAAAGAUUUGAUCUUUCAAGAAACCUGGAUUUUGAAGAAAAGAAGGAGUCAUUUAUAGACUCAGAUUUUGGUCUCAUCAGACUAUUUGAGAUGAGUGAAAGAAUGAUAAACAACAAGUUACCAUACGCUGAUCCCUUUUAUUUGGGUAGCUCAGAUCAUUCAAAUGCAGGGCUUGGUCCCAUUGUAUUUAAUGGUGGAAAUUAUCUCAACUGGAGUAGAAGUGUCAAGAUGGCAUUGGGAGCAAAGAACAAACUUGGGUUUAUUGACGGAAAGAUUUCGAAGCCUGCUAUAGAAUCAGAGUUAUACAGUCUAUGGCAAAGGAAUGAUUGUAUGAUUAGGUGCUGGUUAUCCGCAUCUGUCAUCCCUGAAAUAGCUGAGCAGAUGCUCAUAUGUGAUUCAGCUCAAGAAUUCUGGAAUGAGCUCUCUGAAAGACAUGGACAAACCAACGCACCACAGCUCUAUAGUUUGAAGAAGGAGGUUAAUGGAUUGCAGCAGAACAACCUGAGUGUGGAUGCAUAUUAUGGUAAACUGAAGAGGUAUUGGGAUGAGUUGAAUAACAUUGAAGGAUUUCCAGAUUGUGAAUGUGGUGCAAUGAGCAAGUGCACAUGUAACAUUCUUAAGAAAUUAGCAGAGAGAGCUGCAAAAGAAAAGGUGAUAGAUUUUCUUAUGGGUUUGAAUGUUGGAUAUGACAAUAUGAAGGCAAACAUACUUGCAAUGGAUCCUCUUCCAACUGUGAACAGAGCAUUUCAUAUGAUACAGCAGACUGAGAAGCAAAAGGAAGUAUCUGGGGCAAUGGAGGUAGGAAUUGAAGCUAGUGCUUUGGCAGUCACCAGGACACAAGGAAAUGGAGGCUAUUAUAAUAGCAGAAACUCAGGAGGAGGAGUUCAAGGAGGAAAUACUUAUCAAAGAAGGAUAAGUAAAGAAGAGAAAAUGAAGAGAAAAUGCACACACUGCAAUAUGAAGGGGCAUUGGAAGGAGGACUGUUUCCAGUUAAAUGGGACUCCGAAAUGGUUUGAUGAUCUCACAAAGGCGAAGGGAAAUAUGAAGUAUGCAGCAAAUGUGAGUAACCAGAAUGAAGGAAAUGCUCAAGAUACACCUCUAGAUGGGGGGAAUGGUAAUGAAGGGAACAUGGGAAAUCAAAAUACAAUGAUGCAGGAGCUUUUGAAAUUGCUGAAUGAGAAACAUCAGAAAGGAGGAGGUACAUCAACAAGCACAUCAGGAACAAACUCAGGACUGCACAUGACAAAUUUUGCAGGUAUAAUAUCUUCCAUAAAUGCUUGUUCCUAUUAUGAUGUUUUUGAUAAAACUUCAUGGAUAGUAGAUUCUGGAGCUUCUGAUCAUAUGGGUAGUUGUAGUAAUUUUUUUACUGAGAUGAGGGAGCUAAAAAGGCCUGUGAAGGUUGGAAUGCCAGAUGGAACAAUAAGAAUGGUCAAGCAGCUAGGAACAGUAAAAUUAAGUCCAGAUAUUAUUCUGGAAAAUGUAUUGUUUAUACCAGAAUUCAAACACAAUUUGCUAUCUGUUAGCAAACUUAUGGAACAAACGAAUUUGAAGGUGGUUUUUAAUGACAAUGGAUGUCAUUUUCAGGACCCUUCUAAUGGGAAGAUAGUUGGUUUUGGAGCUAAAAAUGGAGGACUGUACAAGCUGGUUCACAGAGAGGAAGAAGUAGAAGCUCUUAUGUCUGGAAGGCAGGGUGCAUAUGCUUUAGUUUCCAGUAGUAAUAGUGGUUUUUUAUCUUCUAAGAAGCAAAAUGAUGUGAUGUUAAUGCAUCAAAGAUUAGGGCAUGGAUCCUUGUCUAAGUUAAAACACUUAACUUUUUGUGAUUGCAAGAACUUAAAGGAGAUCUUUUGUGAUACAUGUUGCUUAUCAAAGCACCAUAAACUCCCUUUCACUCAAAGUGUGUCAAUUGCAGAUGCUUGUUUUGCUAUGUUGCAUAUUGAUUUGUGGGGUCCCUAUAGGACUCAAACAAUUACAGGAGGAAAUUACUUCCUAACUAUUGUUGAUGAUCACUCAAGAGUGACAUGGACACAUUUGCUCUCAAACAAAGAGCAAGUAAAGGGAAUUUUGCACAGGUUUAUUAACUAUGCUGAGAAUCAUUUUAAUAUCAGGGUUAAGAUAAUUAGAAGUGACAAUGGGACAGAGAUCUUAAAAUCAGAAUGCUCUGAAAUGUUUGCUGAAAAGGGCAUUUUGCAUCAAAGAAGUAUUGCAGGAGUUCCAGAGCAAAAUGGACGUGUGGAAAGAAAACAUAGGCACUUGAUUGAAACUGCCAGGGCUAUGAAACUGCAUGCAGGGUUACCAGAUAACCUAUGGGGUGAAUGUGUAUUAGCAGCUACACAUGUCAUCAACAUGUUACCAAGUGCAGUCAUUAAUUGGGAGACCCCUUUUGAAAGAUUGAUGAAGAGGUCUGCUGAUUAUGCACAUUUGAGAGUAAUUGGAUGUCUCUGUUAUGCCACAAAUAGACAUAGAAAAGGUGACAAGUUUGCAGCAAAGGGAACAAGAUGUGUGUUACUAGGAUAUCCUAGUAAUCAAAAGGGAUACAAGGAGAACCUACUUCGGAGAUUGCUGUGGAUAUUGUUGAUACUAACUUGCAGGGACACACCAUGGAGGAAACAGACACUGCCAAUGGAAGCAGUUGAUGCAUCUCAUGAUAUGAGAGUAGAAGUGGAAGAGCCUUCCUCAAUGGAUUCCAACACAAGUGGAGCUGUGUUGCCUCCUGCAUCUGUUCAGCCAGAAGUGGAAGUGAGAAGAUCUCAAAGGGAAAGAAGGAUGCCUGCCAGAUAUCAAGAGUUCAUUCUUGACACCACAAAGCCAAGGCAGCAUGAUGAGCAGGCUGUUCAAGCUACUGGUGCUAGUAUGGCAAUGUAUACCCUCACAGAUGAAGUAAUUUACCCUGAAGAAUACAUAGUGUCUUUGAAUAAUGCCUUCAAGGAAACUGAACCAAGCACAUACAAAGAAGCUAGCAUGGAUGAGAGAUGGGUCAAAGCUAUGCAAGAAGAGUUCAAGGCUCUAGAAGACAACCAAACAUGGGAAUUGUCAGAGUUACCAGAAGGAAAGAAAUGCAUUGAUAGUAAGUGGGUCUAUAAGCUGAAAUUAGACUCCAAAGGUGAAGUUGUUAGAUUCAAGGCAAGAUUGGUUGCAAGAGGAGACAAGCAAGUCAAAGGGAAAGACUACAAGGCAACCUUCUCACCAGUGGCUAAGUUUGCCACUGUGAGGAUUCUUAUUGCCAUGGCAACUGCAAGACAAUGGAACUUACAUCAACUUGAUAUAAACAAUGCUUUUCUACAUGGUUUUAUUGAAGAAGAGGUAUACUUAAGAAUCCCACAAGGAUAUGGAAGAGACACAGGAGGAAAGGUUUGCAAAUUAAAGAAGAGUCUCUAUGGGUUGAAACAGGCCUCAAGACAAUGGAAUAUUGAGCUUAAAAAUUUUCUCUUGAAGCAUGAUUUUAUCCAAUGUAGAAGAGAUUAUUCCUUAUUCAUUAGAAGAAGAAAUAUGAAAAGUUGCAUCAUCUUGGUAUAUGUGGAUGAUCUCAUCCUGAGUGGUGAUGAUGAAGAUUCCAUCAAGAAAUGA